UGACAAGUCCAAAUUAAUGAUUUAAAAUCUUUUUAAUUGUUAACCUGAGUAAAAUUGUAAAUAUUUAAAGAAAAAAAAACAUGGCAAACUUUAAAACAGACCAUGAUUAUGAGUCAUUUUCAAUACAAAGACAGAAACAUGAACUUUGACAACAGGAAAAUUCUAAACACAAUUAAGUACAAAUACUUAAGAGAGCCCAAUAAAUAUCAUUAAAUAUUUUAAAUAACGGUUUAUCCUGAUACAUUGAAUAAGUAGCCAAGAUUAAUACACGAUUAAAUUUAGUUAUUGCAGCUAGGUUAGGACAUUGUUUUUCUGUCGAUACCAUUAACCACUCAAAAUCAGUUAAAAAUGUCAGAGAAAUGGAACGAAAUAAAUUCAAAGAAGAACGGCGAGGUGGACCCUCAGUUUUGGAAGGAACUAACAGACCACUAUCUCCGAUAUCCUGUGCUGUAUGUGAAGGGGCUAGGCAAUAUGAAGUUACAACGUCGUCAGGCGUACAUGGCUAUAUCCAAGGAUCUGGGCUUGGACGUUGGACCACGGGAUGUAUUCUGGCUGGUCAGAAGAUACCAAAAUUAUGUCAAAAAUUGUUUGACGACGCUGUAUUCCAAAGCUACGAGAAGUGGCAAGCAGCUGGAGGAUGUUCUGAAAACAGCGCCCGAAUGGCUGUUUAGGGCUGGCACUGAACUGAAGCUUAUCGACGAGUUGAAGCGCAAUCCAUCGGGGGAGAAGAAGACACCGGCGGAGAAGAAGGCAUCGGGGGAGAAGAAGAGCGAGAUGGAGGUGGAGCACGUGGUGGCGACGCUGGUGCGGCGCGCGCGGGGGGCGGGCGCGCUGGGGGGGGGCGCCGUGCUCGCGCCCCUCGGCCAGCUGUCCCCCGCCCUGCUGCAGCUCGUCUGGGGCCGCGUGCAGUCGAUCGUCCUGCAGAAGCUCAAGUACCUGAUAUCGACGGGCGACAACUUGCUGCUGGACUCGUCGCUGGCGCUGUCGCCCGCCGAGUGGGAGCUCCUCGACCUCAUCCUGCUGCAUUCGGACGCGGACGAGCUGCUCGUGUCCGACGAUAGCUUAAAACUGAACGACCAACGUCAGCCGCUGAUAAUGUUGUUCCACCUGGUGCAGCAGUACCACCUGGAGGGCGCCGGCAGCGCGCCCGCCCGCUGGCCCGCCGCGCAGGCCGCCUACCUCCACGGGCACUCGCACGUGUCGCUGGUGCUGCUGCAGCGCCGCUGGUACGAGCUGAAGCGCCACACGCGGCUGCGCUGCCUGCGCGACCCCGCCGACCUCACGCCGCUGCACGUCGUCAUGCUGCGCCUGUACCCUGAAAUCGUAACGCAGCCGAUGGAAUCCUGGAGAGAGUUCGUGAAAAGCGGGAAAGUCUACCUGCCUGAUGCACACCGCGCGAGUGCGCCCGCCGCGGAUACAGAAGUACCUGCAGAGACCGAAGGAUCGACGAAAGUUCCACAACAGUUCUCAGACAACGAGGACGAUUUAAUAAUAAUUGAGAAAGAGAUAGAGACAGUAGAAGUAGACGAUGAGGACGACGAGCCCCGGCUGGUCAUCGAGGAGGACCGCGCCGCGACGCCGCCGCCCCCCGCCCCGCCCGGGGCGGAGCACCCCGCACCGGACAGCUCCACCGGGCCCGGCGGGGCUGCCGAUACAGAUCCUGAACAGUUCGGAGCCCAAAUGAAGAAGCAAAGUAUACAAGUGUACAAACAGAUCUCCUUCGACAUUAACGAGCAGCUGCAGGACAUGUCGCAGUCCGGGUGUGAGGUCGCCGGUCUCGAGGCGCUGGAGGGUCUGGACCCCGACCGCGUGCAGACCACUGUCAUCUUCGAAAGCGACGACGAAGACGAGGACUCCUCGCCGGACCCCGGCGCGCCCACCCCGGUGGACCCCGGCGCGCCCACCCCGGUGGACCCCGGCGCGCCCACCCCGGUGGACCCCAGCGCGCCCACCCCGGUGGACCCCGGCGCGCCCACUCCGGUGGACCCCGGCGCGCCCCACCCGGCGGACCCCGGCGGGGACUGCGGUCGCGAUAAUGUGUGUCCAAACAUAUAUCCCGUCAGUCUUGUGCAUGAUGAACCGAACGACGAGCCGCCUACAAAAAAACCUAAACUGGAUGAAAUUAAUCAAUUUGUCGAAAAUACUGAACUAAAAGAAAAUAUUAAAGACGACCAAAAGAAUAAAAUAGAAAAAUGGAAUGAAUCAAAUGUAAAGAACGAAUCAGAUGAACGAACAGAAAACAAGGAACUGGGAGGAAUCUGCGAACUGCAAGCGAAGGACGAGCUGCUCGAGGGCGGCAGUGCACCGGGCGGCGCUGCCCGCGGGCGCUCCCCCGCCGGGGACGCGCGGGGCCUUGCCUCGCGGAGCAUGGACCGUAAGCUGUUCCUGGCGACGUCGGUGGCGCUGGUCGACCUGGCCGCGACGCAGUUCUGGAGGCGCUGCAGCAGGCGGGGCAGCAUCCGCCUGCGCGACGUGGACCCCGGGGAGCUGGAGCCGCCCGCGCGCCGCCCCCCGGGGUCCGCCCUCCCGGGGGAGACCUUCAGGGGACACGGCGACAGUGUUUUGAAGAGGCAAGCGAGUAGUGCGGCCCAGUCCAUGGCUUGGGAUAAAAACUUAAUAAGUGGACUCCAAGGCGAACAUCUUUCCGACGAGGGAGAGAACUUCGGCGAACUCACUCGAGACGAGAUCCUCAGGAGCAUGCAGCCCGACGAGGACGAUCUGAUGAGGGUCGCCAAGAAGACGAACUUGGACCUUCAAGGCAUAAAGAAUACUGCUGAUGUUUUACAGAUCAGCAGUGACGACGAGGACACGCCGCUGCAGGUCGUCAGGCAAAGGAACCAGCAGCGGGACCUGCGCCGCGUGCUGCCACCGGACGAGCUGGAGGGGAUCCUCAACAGCGUGGCCACGAACAAGGCCCCGACGAAGAACACGUUCUGUUGCCUGGCGCGCCGCCACAAGGUGAUGAACGACGCCCGGCGCCGCGUCGCGCACCGAGCGGGCAAGCAGGCCGGCUUCGUCAACAUGCACGACCACGAGACCCACCUGCGCGCCUGCGCCUGCUGCUGCCGCCAUCUGCUGGAGCGCAGCGAGGCCGACCUGGCACGCGACCUCGAGCACGCGCGCCGCUACCUGCGCGCGCUCGUGCUGCGGGGGGACGCGCGCGCGCCGCGGGGGGACGCGCCGGGGGAGGACGCGCCGGGGGGGGACGCGCCGGGGGACGCGCCCGCGGAUAAGCCGCUUCUCGUCGAAGAGAACAAAAAACCAAAACCUAGUCGAAAACAAACAGACAAGCCAUUGACAGCGGACGCGCGCGACCCGGCGCUGGACGACGACUACCGCGAGUGGCUGAGACAGAAGACACUCAACACUCGCUACUUCGGGGAACAAAAGGUUAUCGCGAAGAAACAAACGAAGGCACGGUUCGACGGGCAGGUCAACUACAACCACGACCGCAACAACCACAUCAUCGACGUCGCGCGCACCAGAUACAUCGUCACCAGCAGCCGGGACCCGCUCGCGACCCCCCCGGCGCCCCCCACCCGCCACCAGCCCGCCCAGCCCGCCGUCCCACUCGAUUCCGUUCUUAAAGUUUCUGCAAACGAAUCACACGACACCGCGGAGCCGACGACGCUGAUCAUUGAGGUCCCGCCGCUAGAGAGGUGCAAAUCUGAACCCGCAGAACCGAGCGACUCCACGGAGCUUGGCGGCGGCAUCGCGGACGGCGCCGGCGACCUCCUCGUCGAAGUGCGCAAGCCCCUCGACGUGGCAGAGCGGCCGGGGGAGGGCGCGGGGGGUGUACCGGGGGGUGUGCCCGGGGGUGUGCCGGGGGGUGUGCCCGGGGGUGUGCCGGGGAGUGUGCCCGGGGGUGUGGCGGGGAGUGUGCCCGGGGCCGGGUGGGCGCCCGCCGCGCUGCGCGUGUACAAGGCCGUCAGCAGCGGCCCCUCCCUCGGGCCCGGCAGCGCGUCGCUCCUGAGGAACCUCGCGGCGGUCGGUGGCCCCGGUGCGGCCGGUCCUCGCCCCGUCGCCCUCAUACAGUACAAAGGAGGAAUCAAAAAAGUAAAGCGUUUACCGACCGACGGAAGAAUCGUCCCGGUCAGGGUGAUCAGCGGCGGGCACGGGGUGCGGGGGCCCGUCGUGCGGCGCGUCCUCUCUACCAACCUCCUCCCUUCAGCCAGCCUCCUCCAGGCGACUGUCGACUGUGUUGCUCCUGAUCCCAAGGAAUUCGUCCCGAAAAUCGUAUCGUGCAACAGUCUGGCGGCGCCCGCGGACAGCAGCGGUGCGGGGGCCGUCUUCGUGCCCCUCGCCGCGCCGCACGACGGCUUGUCGCGGACCCCCUCCCGCACGUUCUGCGUGGUGUCCCCGCCCACCCGCGCCCUCCCCGCGCGCGCCUUCCUGGCGGGCCGGGACCCCACCUCGCUGCACGUCAUGUGCGCGGAGAGCGACCAGCCGCUGCUGCUGCUGGCCAGGGGGUACGUGAUGCUGUCCGCCGACCCCAUCGACCGGCUUAUGAAAAAUCCCGCAUAUUACACGAUAAGUAGCCUGAAAGAAUGGUCUCGCCUGGAGCUGAACUCGGGGCCGGCGGAGAGCGCGGUGCUGUCCGCGCACCUGUUCGGGGCCUCCGACCGCGUCAGCUUCAACAAAAAGGUCUACCGCAGGAUCUCCUGCAAGCCGCUCGUCUACGCGCAGGUACACACCGUGGUGCCGCCGGUGCUGUGGCACGUCGCCAGCGAGUUCCACGACGCCGCCUUCUGGGACGUCACCGACGGCUCCCUGCACCCCCUGGUGCGGCCCGCGGGCGCCGGCCUCUACUGUCGCCGCGCCGAGCCGCUGCGGGAACUGGUGGACCUGAUGAACGCUCAGUGUGUCCCCUCGAUGUCCAUGUUGAAGAGGAAGCUGUCCGCUGCCUCCUCGGUGCCCCUCGGGACCGGAGCCGCCGACCUGGCCACGCUGAAGCCUGUACUCAACUCGGUAGCGGAGGGCGAGGUCAUACAGCUGGACUCGGACGACGACUGACUCCGCCCCGCCCCGCCCCGCCCCGCCCCGCCCCGCCCCGCCCCGCGCCCCCACCACACCCGCUCGACGGCAACUGAACCAAACAACACUAAUCGUUUGACAAACAGAUGAUAAUGAACUUGGCUGUUUUAUUUUUUAUAUAGAUGUAAUUUACUUUAUAGUUUUAGGUUUUAUUUAUCGCGCUAGACAUGUUCUGUUCCGUACACGGUCUGUGCGGACCCCCCUGCGGUCCGUGAGCCGCGCCGAGCUGCGAGUCGUCGCGCGUGUCCUGCUGCUCCCUUGUAUAUAUGUUUGUAAAUAAAGCAUUGAAACUGAA